GCUAUUACUCCUGCACACAUGCAACUCCUACAUUCUUCUGACAGCCAACAUGGAGGACGUCCAGGCGCUCGCUCGCCAGCUAUCCGCGUCGCCGGUGCUGCAGCAAGUCAAGAAUAUCUGGAGACGAGCCUCCACGCAGUUCCAGAAGGAGCUAGAGCGACAUGCGCGCCGGCGUGGAAAGACUGACGAAUCAGAUUAUGAUGAUCGAAUCGACACCGAAGGUCGGACAAGGAGGGUGAUCAAAGACCUGGUAGCUCUUGGCAAGGAGGCUGGCUAUAUUGAACCCAUAAAGCAGAUGUUAGAAAAACUUCAAUAAAAUCAUGUU